AUGUCCCAAAUAUGUCCACUCCCACCUUCUGAUCCUAGUGCUGAGGAGCUGCCGACAGAUGACAGUAGCUAUCCUCCUUCAAUACUGAGGAAAAGGCCGCCUGUGGACCAAGCUGUGGGGGAAAGGCGGAAAUCAGAGAGAAGGGUUCGAUUUCGUGAGCCAGAAGAAGUCAUUGAGUAUGCCAUUUCCUGCUGUGACUACGUAGUGGAUGACAGGUCAUCAUCUGGAUUGCCUGUGCUCCUGUGGCUCUCAUUUUGUGCAGUGCUGAUCCUUGCUGUGAGUCUCUACUACAUCAGCAUGAAGCAAGAUGUCAGUGUCCUGGAGGAAUUUCAGUCUCAACUUGUCCUCUUCUUUCUUCGGAUAAGACACGUUGCUCAAAAAUGCUGGACUUGGUUUACGAGGCAGUAG